AUGGAUGUCGUGAAAAAAUUCGAUCGUUAUUGUUACGAGCUUCAAAUUUUGACCAAAGAUGAGGAGCCGUAUUCGGCGAAAUUAUCAAUGAUGCGCCGGAAGUUGCGCAAAUAUUUGGCGGAAAUCGCCAAACUUGAAGGUGAUUAUAGCGACAAAUUCGAACUUUUCUGGAAGGUUGCCUAUUAUAUGCCAAUUAAUAUGUAUCUGAGGGGCGAUGAUGAAAUCGACAGUUCAACGCUUCUCACAAUUUUUUGCGGUGAAAUGACGGAUUUUCUGGCAGUUUCAAAUCAAUAUUCAUCUCGAAUUCAUCUUUAUUUGGGAGAUCUUCAUCGUUAUAUGGCAAAAGAUCAAGUUCAAUAUCAAAUUGCGAAAAUUUAUUAUGAAAAAGCAUUGGAGCUUGAUUCUGGAAUGGGAAGGGCUUAUCACAUGUUGGGAAUGAUGGAAGAAUGUCAUAUAUCCAAAAUAAGGCUUUUCCUUCGCUCUCUUACAUCAAUGACGCCAUUCAACUCUGAGAAAUCGUUGAAUGAUAGUCUAGAAAAUUUGCAACUUGAAAAUAAUGAGGAAUUUUCAUCUUUUGUUGUUCGAUUCGUUCAUUGGGCCGUUUUUGAGCAAAAACGAAGAAGCGAGCAUCGUCAUAUUGGCGUGAAUCUGCUCAAGGAAUUUGUGGAAAUGAUUCUGAAUCAAGAAUGUGAAAUGCUGCUGAAAACUCAAGUUCCAGCAAUUAUCUCAUGCUGCAUCAUGGCUACAAAUCAUGCGAAAAUUGCUAUUGGAGAAGAGGAAUAUGUUCAUUGUUUUGACGUGAUUUGCGAUAUGUUUGCUACAUUAUUGAAUCGCGACAAAAAUUCAAUGCCUUGGCAUUACAAUGUCAUUUGUGUUGCCUGCGAAUUCGUUCAUUCAUCGUCGCAAAACAAUAAUAUCAUUAAUAAAUUCCCAAGAAUUACCAAAAAGAAAUGGGAUGAUCUUUGUGACGCUCUCUGUGAGAAUUUCAAUGGGUUGAAUCCAGAAAUUUCUGAUGAAAUUCUUGACGAUGUUCGUUAUUUGAUUAAUGGUCCUUCUGGAGAGGACCCACUCGCCCUUCUAUCAUACUGGCAUCGAAAAUUGUGUAUCGGAACGAAUGCGCCUUUCCAAAAAUCGAAUUCGAAGUACAUUCGAGUGAACGGCGCUGUUUCGCCGAAAAAGCAUUUCGAAAAACCGGUGGAAGCCGAGAAAAUUGAGGAAAACGUUGAGGACAACACGAAUUGGAAGCCAAUUUAUGUUCUCAUCAAUUAUUAUUCGAUCAUCGAAAAAAUGAGCACGAUUGCCCAAUUGUGGCAUUUGAAUGACUUCAUUUUCGCGGUUUCCACGGAUACUUUGGCAAAAUUGGAUCGAUCGAAAAACUCGGGAGAUUCGCAGGUCGUUCGACGAGCACUUCGCGAAAUUCACGAACGGCAGAAGGUUGGAGAAAUGCGUGUGAUCUCGGCUGCCGAUGAGAGGGAAGCGUGUAAGAAGCUGAUUGCGUCGGCCAAGGAGCAUGACGUCAAGGAUCAUGAAAAUUUUGUGGCCCGAAUUGUUUCUGACAAAGAAUUUUCGACAAACUUCGACAUUGCCGGUGUGACAAGCUACACUGCCGCCGAGUUCUUCAAACGCUGCAAUCAGUCAUACAAUUUGCGUUGA